AUGCGAGAAAUAGUCUACAUUCAACUUGGUCAAUGUGGAAAUCAAAUGGGUGCAAAAGACACAUUUUUCAAAACAAAUCGUGUUUACCGGAUCAUGUCACCAAACAAAUUGCAAUCUACCGCGGCACUACUUCUGAUGAGUCAUUUGGAAAAAUGCAACGUGCUACCCUCUGCUCAACAUGGGGUUCGUCGCAUGCGAUCGUGUACCGCUAACCUGCUACUGGUCCGAGAAGAAUGGACAAAAGCGGUUGAUCACGAUGAUGCAGUGAACGUCUCUAACUGUGCGCACUUCUCGGAUGUCCAACUUGCUCCGGGUUACGAUGCGUCUUCCCCAGCUGGCCGAUUUGUUCCACGAUGUGUCCUGGUCGAUUUGGAACCUGGUUGUCUGGACAAUAUACGAGGCGGACCGAAUGGGGAUCUGUUUCGCCCGGACAAUUUUGUGUUCGGGGCUGCCGGGGCCGGGAACAAUUGGGCCAAAGGACACUAUACGGACGGAGCGGAACUCAUAGACAGUAUCAUGGAGAUCGUACGCAACGAGUGUGAAGCAUGUGAGUGUAUUCAGGGAUUUCAGAUUGUACACUCGAUGGGUGGCGGGACUGGAUCCGGUCUUGGCACACUGUUGAUGGGAAAAAUUCGUGAGGAAUACCCGGAUCGGAUAUUGUGUCCUUUUGUGACCUAUCCAUCGCCAAAAGUACGUGAAGGUAGGUUUGUUGAGAUUGUGUGA